AUGGCGAUUCUUUACACACAGAUAAUAAAAUUUCCUGAUUAUAGAAUAUUGUCUGGAGAGUACUCACCACAAAGCAACUCCCUUAGGCCUGGAAAUGAGGUAGUCAAGGAACUAAGGGAUACCAUUAAGUCGGUUCCAAGUAGUGAGGCAAUGUCAUAUUAUACAUUCAACUCCUCUGAUACAAGAUUUGUUUUCUAUUUCAAAAUAAGCUCUGGAAUUGUGUUCGCUGUGAUAAGUGACAGGUACACCUCAUCGAAGUUGGCCUCGGGAUAUAUUGACCAGGUUGCAGAGGCCUUUGGUAAGAUAUACGUGGAUAACCCAAAGGCAACAUACUAUACCUUUGACCCCACGAUUAAGACCAUUUCCGAUAAGUUCAACAGGGAUUCGAAUUAUGCACAGGGGAUGGCUGUUGUUGAGGAAACAAAGGGGCUGCUUGCCGAGUCUCUCAAUAUGAUAAUAAAGAGGGAUGAGAACAUAAACAACCUGAAGGGCCUUGCCAGCAGGAUGACUACUGAGGCACAGAUGAUGCAGAAGAACAUACAGAGGAUGCACCUGAAGAGCAUGCUGAAUGAUUACUGGAUUUAUGUAGUGUUUGCUGUUUUGAUUGUCCUUUUCCUGUACUAUAUAACCCAUUAA